AUGUGCCCUAAUAUUACUAUGACCUUCUUUUUGCUAACUGGUUUCCCAGGGCUGGAGGCAGCUCAUCACUGGAUCUCCAUCCCCUUCUUUGCCAUUUAUGUGUGUAUCCUUCUUGGCAACGGCACACUCCUCUACGUCCUCAAGAAUGACGGCAGUCUUCAUGAACCCAUGUACUACUUCCUUGCCUUGCUGGCAGGCACAGAUGUGAUGGUAACAUUGACCACAAUGCCUACUGUAAUGGGCGUCUUAUGGGUGAAUCACAGGGAGAUUACCCAUGGGGCAUGCUUCUUGCAGGCUUACAUUAUCCAUUCACUUUCCAUCGUAGAAUCGGGUAUCCUCCUUGCAAUGGCCUAUGAUCGUUUUAUUGCUAUCCGCAACCCUCUGAGGUACAACUCUAUCCUUACUAAUUACCGGGUGAUGAAGAUAGGACUGGGGGUGGUGAUGAGAGGCUUUUUAUCGCUUCUGCCCCCAAUUCUGCCACUCUUUUGGUUCCCAUAUUGCCAUUCCCAAGUUCUUUCCCAUGCCUUUUGUCUCCAUCAAGAUGUCAUGAAACUCGCCUGUGCUGAUAUUACAUUCAAUCGCUUAUAUCCAGUUAUUCUGGUUGCAUUGACUUUUUUCUUGGAUGCUGUGAUCAUUUUCUUUUCUUAUAUCUUAAUCCUUAAGACAGUCAUGAGUGUUGCCUCUGGAGAAGAGCAAGCUAAAGCUCUCAACACCUGUGUCUCCCAUAUAAGCUGUGUCCUUGUAUUUUACAUCACUGCAAUUGGCCUGACUUUCAUCCACAGGUUUGGGAAACAUGCACCACAUGUGGUCCAUGUUACCAUGAGCUAUGUCUAUUUUCUUUUUCCUCCAUUUAUGAACCCCAUUAUAUACAGCAUCAAGACCAAGCAGAUUCAAAGAAGCAUUGUUCACCUAUUUUCUGGGCAUGGUAGGGCUUGA